GUAAUUAGUACUUACAUAUUUGAUAUUUCUACGUGAGUCAUACAAUUUUUUAAUAUUUUUUAACUGCUAAUUAGGUGUGUGUUGUUUAGUUUUCAAUUUUUCAUUAAAUUAUUUAAAAAAAAGACACAAUGUCGUCAAGAAAAACAGCUGGCCGUCGUACUACUGCUAAAAAACGAGCACAGAGAGCAACUUCCAAUGUUUUCGCUAUGUUUGAUCAAGCUCAAAUUGCUGAAUUCAAAGAAGCCUUCAACAUGAUUGAUCAAAAUCACGAUGGUUUCGUUUGUAAAGAAGAUUUACAUGAUAUGUUAGCUUCUCUAGGUAAAAAUCCAACAGAUGAUUAUUUAGAAGCAAUGAUGGGUGAAGCACCGGGACCAAUAAACUUUACAAUGUUCUUAACACUAUUUGGAGAACGUUUGCAAGGUACGGAUCCUGAGGAUGUUAUUAAAAAUGCAUUUGGUUGUUUCGACGAAGAGAACAGUGGAAAUUUAAAUGAAGAACGUCUUCGUGAGUUAUUAACAUCGAUGGGAGAUCGAUUCACCGAUGAAGAAGUUGAUGAAAUGUAUCGGGAAGCACCAAUCAAAAGUGGUAUGUUCGAUUAUAUUGAAUUUACUCGUAUUUUGAAGCACGGCGCUAAGGAAAAAGAUGAACAAUAAAUCGAAUCAGAAGUAUUACCUACCUACCUACCUGGCAUAGGGUUAUUGUUAUUCAAGGGGAUAACAGAUACAAGUUACAUUUAUUGAAAAUAUUUGCAUUUAUAUUAAUUAAUCCAUUUUUUAUGUA